GCCAGCUCGAGCGAUUUCGAAUCGAUGUUGACCGGACAGGCCGCAUCCGGGGCUAGAUACUCGUUCCAGAUGGCCUGCGCUCCUUCCUUGAUUUGCGACUGUGGCAACGCCUUCAUUUCCUGUAUCGCCUCCCAGAAUCUGUACAAGGCAUGAAAGAUGAAAAGCUGUGGACAUGCCUUUUCGACGAUUACUGUUCCGAGACACGAACGUCGCGCAUUCAUUCUUCGUUCGUGCGAACAAGCGGAUCGGUGCAGAAAUUGCUCAAUUAAGGCAAGAAUUCCGGAGGACUUUCGGUACCUAGAUUCAGUGAAAACUUUUUGAUAAUCAACAGCAUCAUGUCUUGGUAUUAUACGCCCGUUCCAACGGUAGUUCCGGCCGAAGAUUUCGAUGCUUCCGCCGAUGCCAACGCAUUGCGCGCCGCGAUGAAGGGCCUGGGGACGGACGAGCAGGCGAUCAUCGACAUUCUUACCGCCCGUAGCAACGCCCAGCGCCUACAGAUUGUGGAACAAUACACCAGUGAACUCGGACGGGAUUUAAUCGACGAUUUGAAAUCCGAACUGGGUGGCAAGUUCGAGGACGUCAUCGUUGGCUUGAUGAUGCCACCGGAAAAGUAUCUCUGCAAGCAGCUACACAAGGCGAUGGAUGGUAUCGGGACGGAUGAAGAGACGCUGAUCGAGGUACUGGCACCGCAGACGAACGAGGAAGUGAAGAAGAUUGUCGAUUGCUAUGAGCAAAUGUACGACCGACCACUGGCGGAGCAUCUGUGCUCCGAGACUUCGGGCAGCUUCCGUCGGCUACUGACGAUGAUCAUCGUAGGAGCCCGCGAUCCGCAGGGAACCGUCGAUGCCGAUCUGGCCGUUGAGCAGGCCAAUCAGCUCUACAACGCCGGCGAGGGAAAAAUGGGCACGGACGAGGAGGUGUUCUACAAGAUUCUGGCACACUCCAGCUUCGACCAACUGGAACUUGUAUUCGAAGAGUACAAGAAGCUUUCCGGCCAAACGAUCGAGCAGGCCAUGAAGCACGAGCUGAGCGGUGAGCUGUACGAUGCGCUCAGUGCAAUCGUCGAGUGUGUCCAGAUGGCCCCCCAUUUCUUCGCCAAACGCCUUCACAAGGCCAUGGAUGGUGCCGGUACCGAUGAUGCCACGCUUAUUCGGAUCAUCAUUUCGCGCUCCGAGAUUGAUCUGCAGAACGUGAAGGACGAGUACGAGCAGAUGUACAACAAAACGCUGCUGAGUGCCGUUCGGAACGAGUGCUCCGGUGACUAUAAGCGUGCUCUUUGCGCUUUGAUUGGUGGUGCUUAAGAGAGCAUACCGCUAUACUUCAUUAACUGGGCGACCAACGAAGAUAUUUACGGACAAUUGAUACAAUACUUUAAGCAGAGUCCAACCCCAACGAACGCUCAGCCCAUUGCUAUUGCUAUGUAAUCUCGAAGAUACGGGGAAGCUCGACGACGGACGUGUAUUGGCUCCAAGUCGAGCAUUAAAUAUUUGCAUUCAAUGUGUAGCCUUUGCUCUUGAGCUGCCUUGCUGCGAAAUGCAUUUGAAGCACAGUAUUUUACCGCGCACCAAACCGUGAAUAAAGACAUUUAAAUGUGGCAAAUG